UAACCCUCCCCCGCCCCCAGUCCGCCCGGAAUCAUGGCAGCCGGGGUGGCCGCCUGGCUGCCCUUCGCCCGGGCAGCGGCCAUCGGUUGGAUGCCCGUGGCCUCGGGGCCCAUGCCAGCUCCCCCAAGGCAGGAGAGAAAGCGGACCCAAGAUGCCCUAAUCAUCCUGAACGUGAGCGGCACCCAGUUCCAGACGUGGCAGGACACCCUGGAGCGUUAUCCCGACACCCUGCUGGGUAGCUCGGAGCGGGACUUCUUCUACCAUCCCGAGACGCAGCAGUACUUCUUCGACCGGGACCCGGACAUCUUCCGCCACAUCCUGAACUUCUACCGCACGGGGAAGCUCCACUACCCCCGGCAGGAGUGCAUCUCGGCCUACGACGAGGAACUGGCCUUCUUCGGCCUGAUCCCCGAGAUCAUCGGCGACUGUUGCUACGAGGAGUACAAGGACCGGCGACGGGAGAACGCCGAGCGCCUCCAGGAUGACGCGGAGAACGAGAACACGGGGGAGAGCGCGCUGCCCUCCAUGACGGCCCGGCAGCGGGUAUGGCGGGCCUUCGAAAACCCUCACACCAGCACCAUGGCUCUGGUCUUCUACUAUGUGACUGGCUUCUUCAUCGCCGUCUCGGUCAUCGCCAACGUGGUGGAGACAGUGCCUUGCGGUUCCAGCCCUGGGAGGGUCAAGGAGCUGCCGUGCGGGGAGCGCUACGCGGUGGCUUUCUUCUGUCUGGACACGGCCUGCGUCAUGAUCUUCACCGUCGAGUACCUGCUGCGCCUGGCCGCGGCCCCCAGCCGCUACCGCUUCGUGCGCAGCGUCAUGAGCAUCAUCGACGUGGUGGCCAUCCUGCCCUACUACAUCGGGCUGGUCAUGACCGACAACGAGGACGUCAGUGGGGCCUUCGUCACGUUGCGGGUUUUCCGGGUCUUCCGCAUCUUCAAGUUUUCCCGCCAUUCUCAGGGGCUGCGCAUCCUGGGCUACACGCUCAAGAGCUGUGCCUCGGAGCUGGGUUUUCUGCUCUUCUCCCUCACCAUGGCCAUCAUCAUCUUUGCCACGGUCAUGUUCUACGCAGAGAAGGGCUCCUCGGCCAGCAAGUUCACCAGCAUCCCCGCGGCCUUCUGGUAUACCAUCGUCACCAUGACGACACUAGGGUAUGGAGACAUGGUACCCAAGACCAUAGCCGGGAAGAUUUUUGGGUCCAUCUGUUCUCUAAGUGGUGUCUUGGUCAUCGCUCUGCCCGUCCCGGUGAUUGUUUCAAACUUCAGCCGGAUCUACCACCAGAACCAACGUGCAGACAAGCGCAGAGCACAAAAGAAAGCCAGGCUUGCAAGAAUCCGUGCAGCAAAGAGUGGAAGUGCGAAUGCCUACAUGCAGAGCAAACGAAAUGGUCUACUCAGCAACCAGCUGCAGCCUCCUGGUGAAGAAGAGCAGGCUUUUGUGAGCAAAUCUGGGUCUUGCUUUGAAACCCAGCACCACCACCUGCUUCACUGUCUGGAAAGAACGACGAAUCACGAGUUUGUGGAUGAACAAGUCUUUGAGGAGAGCUGCAUGGAAGUUUCUACCGUCCACCAUCCUUCAAACCACAGCCCCUCGCUCACUUCGCAGCAAGGCAUCACCAGCUCCUGCUGCUCACGACGACACAAAAAGACAUUCCGGAUCCCGAAUGCGAACGUCGCGGGGAGCCACCCCGGCAGCGUUCAAGAACUGAGCACCAUCCAGAUCCGGUGUGUGGAAAGGACGCCUCUCUCUAACAGCCGAUCCAGUUUAAAUGCCAAGGUGGAGGAGUGUGUCAAACUAAACUGUGAGCAGCCUUAUGUGACCACAGCAAUAAUCAGCAUCCCAACACCACCGGUCACUACCCCUGAAGGGGACGACAGGCCAGACUCUCCAGAGUACUCAGGAGGGAACAUAGUCAGAGUAUCGGCUUUGUAAAACAAUUCAAACCUGGACCUCAUUGCCAGCUGGGACCGGGCUCUGGCCGGGCUCGAGAGAGGAAGAGAGAAGAAACAAGAAAUCCUUUUCAAACAGAAUGGUAUGGAAUCCAUGAUAUGGGAUGUGUUGAAGACCCCCAGAUUUCAUCAUGGCAAUAUGGAGGGGUGGCAGAGAAAGAAAGCACUGGGUUUCCAAACUAAAGGAGGUGGGAAAAAAAAUGAAAAAAAAACCCCACAAAACAAUCAUGACUUUUCUACCCUCCCGAUUUGACCUGUUAUACAGCGGAAUACCCUGGGACCCUCUGACUUUAUCAAUGAGCACAAUGAAAUGUCUCCCAUUGAUGCUUCUUUAUGACAAGAACUUUUUUUUAAUAAAAUAAAAAUAUUAAAAACCUAUGGGACAUUAUGUUCCAGUUGGAUGCAAAACAAAAUGGAAAACAUUUUGAUAACAUUUUUUCCUGUUAAUAAUCUAUGAGCGUGACAAUGACGAAGAAUAUCACCUGUUCAAAAAAAAUAACAACAGCUCACAUAACAUGUUUGUAAUGACUGAAAGAGAUUCCACCUCGUUGCAUGCUGAAAUUCUUGGGAGUUGUGGUCUCAGUUUACUUAUGUUGUUUUCCGAUUAGGCAUGAUAAAAUAUAACUGUAGAUAGCUGUACAAAUAAAUUCCCUUUAGAAAUGCAGUAUUUCUUACUGGAACACACAUUAGUGAAGCUGACGUGUCAGCCAGUUCAAUAUUUAUUACCCGCUCCCCUUGCUUCCUAGAUACUGUUACAACUGCAAUAAUUCAUUGUACACCUGUUGUAUCAGGAAUCAGGAUCUUUCUUUUGUAGGACUUUCCAGACUUUCGUAUACACUGUAAAAGCCACAUUCAUAGAAGCCCUGUUUGGUGUGGCCAGGUUUUAAUUAAGUGUUUAAUCGAAAUGGCCAAGCCAUAGUUGUGUUUUUUCAGUAAUGGCCCUUCUCUUGUCUGGAUUUCUGUGACAGUUCAUUGUUUCAAUUUAUAUUCUGACUGCAGAUCCUCUUUCAGUUCAUCAGCCAAGCAGGAGGAAACUUUUUUCUACAAAAUGUCUUUCCUAUUUUUGUAUUUCCCGGCAAAAAAAAAAAUAUCUCCUGAGUGGAAUAUUGUUUUCAAUUCCCCUGGCAAACUUUUCAAGAAGAUGUUUGAUUAACUAGCGCUUCAUUUGAAACUUCUUGGGCAUUUUGGAGUAGCCAGGGUGUUGGAUACGUGACAUCCAUCAUUAAACCCCUAGAUGUUUUGUGUGAAACAGUUGACUGAGAUUAGUCUCACAAACCACAAUUGUCUCACUGCUUCCUAUCUUAGAGUUUUGCUGUAGAUCUGGUGAGAACCUAUUUUCUCAAGCGUAUUCGGAGAAUAACAGAAGUGCAUCAGACGUACAAAACAUCUAAGGAUGCGCUAUAUACCGGUGUUUCAGUAUGUCCCUCUCUUCCCCAUUCCUGGAAGGCAGUCACGGUAUUUUCUUACCACAAGAUUCCUGUGAACAAACAGAAAUUCUCAUCACUGAAGGAAGACAAAAUGCUCUGGAAGGGUCUGUGAGGCAAGGGUGAUAUCUGUGUACAUUAAAUGCAAUGUGUUUCAACUCUAAGGAAAUAUUGUAUCUAGCAGACAUGUCUGCAUGUUCCAAUGUAAACAGUUUUAUGUCAGUUGAAGAGGUCUGUCCACACUAAGACACCACUACAACAACUACAGUAGAGCUCUUAAGCAUUACUAAAACUACCAGUAAUCUCCCCCCCUUUAUUUAUUAUUUAUUAUGGUAGUUGUUAAGCGCUUACUAUGUGUGAAGCACUGUUUAAGCACUGGGAUAGAUACGAAGGUAAUCGGGUCAGAAACAGUCCCUUUCCCACAUGGAGCUCACAUUUUAAGUAGGAGGGUGAACAGCUACUGAAUCCCCAUUCUACAGUUGAGAAAACUGAGGCACAGCGAUGUGAUUUGCCCAAGGUCACACAGCAGAUAGCUGGGAUUAGAACCCAGGUUCUCUGAUCCCCAGGCCCAUGAUCUUUCCACUGGGUCACACUGCUUCCCUUUUAAAAGAUGUGCUACGAAAGGGGAAAAUAACCAUCCCAAGUAUAACAAAAAUGAAUUGUGAAAUUCUUGUUUAAAUGGACUGUAUGAGACCAGAGGUUGUCUUUGCUUUCUGUUGCUUCAGAUACGACUAACUCAAAUUUUUUUUCUUGGAAAACCUGACUUUAGAUCUAAUCCUGGUGAAAAGAAUAACUAAUUUGAAAUAGCCUAAACCAUUAACCAUUCAUUUCAUAACGCCGCCUCCUCUAAUCUGAUGCUCUCGGAGCAACUAAAUAAUAGACUUAGAUGAUGGCACUUAUUGAAAACCUUAAUUUUUCCACUAAACUCAAAAUGAAACAAAACUGCAGCAUGGUAAUCCCGGGAUAUUCCUGAUUUUCUGCUUACAAGUUUUGUUUUCAAUAAUUUAACAGCAUAAGGGGUAAUAUGGGAAGAUUUUCAAGUUGGCGAUCUUUCCCCUAGAUAUAAACCACACUUAUGCAAACCUAUUAAUUUCUUCUAAAACUUAAAAAGAAAUAGCUUUUUUGGUGUUUUAGGUGAUUUUAAAAUGCUGUGUUGGUAGUGAAUGACUGUUGAUGACUGUGUAAAGUGCACCUGUAUUGUAAAUGAAAUGUAAUUAUUUCUGUGUAUUACAUGCAACAACCGAGGUUGCUGUUUUUGACUAUUUUGUUUGAAAUUCAUAUAUCUAAUUUCAGAGGAUAGCAUAACCCAUGCGUUAUCCUGAAAGAAUAGACAUUGGAGGAAUAUUUAAAUAAAACAUCUGCAUGCUUGAA